AUGCUCAUGCCUUCCGCCUUCUCGUGCGACACGUCGCAGCCGCCUCUCACGCGCCUCCAGGCCUCCCUGUUCGCAUCGCCUCCCGCAAGCCCCCCAUCCCUUUCGAACCCCGGCUUCGGCAACAUCUUCGAUACUUGCCGUUCCCUCCAGGCCCUCCUCUCGACCCCUCAACACCAGCCUAUCGCCGCUCCCACCUACGACGCACAGCAGUACUCGCUGCCCACACCAGCGCAGCUGCCAACGCCGCCCCUUGCCCACGCGCCUCCUCCUCUAAAGCUUCGUCUGCGUUCACGCGCGAAGCAGGAUGGCGGCGUCAACAGCGACCACCUCCCGCGCAAGCGCAUCGCCAAGCGCGCGGCGCCUCGUGGCGUGAACAAGCGCCGGCGCGCGGCCGACGAUGACACGGACGGGGACGUCGAGAGCGACCUCGAUAUCUCGUCGCGGCGCCAAUCUUUUUCUGAAGAUCAGAACCACAUCGACUCCCAGGUCCCCUCCUCACCAUCCACGCCUAAGCGCGCGCGCAUCGCGCCCGAGGUUAUACCACUCGGCCUCGAGCGCUCCGACUACCACACACUGCACCUCCUCAAUGGUGGCGAAGGCACGAAUAUGAAAAACACAGAAGAGGCACAAGGCUCCAGCGUAGAGGUCGAGGCCGACGGGGAGCCGUGGAGCGCCGAGGAAGACCGCAUACUCGUCGAACUCGUGCUCGAGAAGCUCAAGCUCAGCAAGACGGAGUGGCAGGACUGCGCACGCAGCCUAGGCAAGGACAGGAAUUGCCUGUCACGUCGGUGGAAAAACCUAAUGCUACAGGGGGACAUUGGUCUCAAGGGCCGGAGGAGUAGCCGGAGGACCAAGCUCCACGGCACCUGGUGA